CAGAACCACGUACCGAGUGACCUGUAACGUCUGGGUUUGUGUUUAAUUAAUCGGCAAAGUGUCAAUCGUUUAAUCCAAACAGGGGAAUAUAGGUUAGUGGGCAAUUUAACAUAGUUAUUAAUACCAUCGACAUUUUUUUUUUUUUUUUUUUUUGUAAUUAUUAUUAGACCAACACGCUGAUCUGAUCCACUCAAGGGCGCAGUGACGUAGCAUUAAAAAAAAAAUAAUACGCCUCGAUCUUCAGUGUCACUUCGGACCAAGCCAGCUGCAGGAACCACUCCCACACUCCUCCACCACCUGCUGGGAGACGCAGGGCUGCCACAGCACUACCUACCGGGUGUUCCUGCGGGGCUUAAAGCUGGUCGGCUCGCAGGCUGACAAGCAUGGACGACAAAUCGUUCACCAAGGAGGUGGAUGGCUGGAUCGAGCAGCUGAAUGAGUGCAGGCAGCUGUCAGAGAACCAGGUUAAACUCCUGUGUGAGAAGGCCAAAGAAAUUCUUACGAAGGAGUCCAACGUGCAGGAGGUGAGAUGUCCGGUGACCGUCUGUGGGGACGUCCACGGUCAGUUUCAUGACCUCAUGGAGCUGUUCAGGAUCGGCGGGAAGUCUCCAGACACCAACUACCUCUUCAUGGGAGACUACGUUGACAGAGGCUACUACUCUGUGGAGACAGUAACGCUGCUGGUUUCUCUUAAGGUGCGAUUUCCUGAAAGAAUCACAAUUCUCAGAGGGAACCAUGAGAGCAGACAGAUCACACAAGUUUAUGGUUUCUAUGACGAGUGCCUGAGGAAGUAUGGAAACGCUAAUGUCUGGAAGUACUUCACAGACCUGUUUGACUAUCUGCCCCUCACAGCGCUGGUGGAUAACCAGAUUUUCUGCCUUCAUGGUGGAUUGUCCCCCUCUAUAGACACGCUGGAGCACAUCAGAGCGCUGGAUCGGUUGCAGGAGGUUCCUCAUGAGGGUCCAAUGUGUGACCUGUUGUGGUCAGACCCAGAUGACCGCGGCGGCUGGGGAAUCUCCCCCCGCGGUGCCGGCUAUACAUUUGGCCAGGACAUAUCGGAGACUUUCAACCACGCAAACGGCUUAACGUUGGUUUCAAGAGCCCACCAGCUGGUGAUGGAGGGUUUUAAUUGGUGCCACGACCGCAACGUGGUGACGAUCUUCAGCGCGCCAAAUUACUGUUAUCGCUGCGGAAACCAGGCAGCAAUCAUGGAGCUCGAUGACACCCUGAAGUACUCCUUCCUCCAGUUUGACCCUGCGCCGCGCAGAGGAGAGCCCCACGUGACGAGGCGCACGCCAGACUACUUCCUGUAAACGUCCGGGGUGAGAGGCUGCGCUGCGGCUGGAGAAAAGGAGAGCGUGGUGGGGCACGGGCCUUGUGCCACAACACUGACUUUCACACGCACACUUUCUUUCUCGAUUUUUACCCGUGCAUGACUUAAAUGCUAGGAACGAUUGCCACUCUUCACUGUACUGUUAAGCUACCUGGAACGGCAGGUAACGAAGAAUAUUACCGGUGGGUCAGACUGUUGGGCCAAAUAAAGUCUUUAAACUGCAUCUCUUAUCUGGCAUGAGCUCAUAUCCAAGGUCGCAGUCAAAUCGCCGUCAUCAUUUUCGUAGCCAAAGUACAACAGCUUAUUCUGGAAGUAGGUUAUAACGAGGUUAACACGCCAGAAUUGUGUUUGGCCUCUUUACACUUUUGUAUUUGAUUUAUUUUAUUUUUUUCCCCCCGCAUUUCACUGAAAGAAUGUGUUCUUUUUAUACUGUUUCAAGUAGCUCUGCUUCUGUUAUCACUCGCAGGACUUAAUGUAUUCCUUUAAAGCUGCAUCACUGCUGUUAAUGACCUUACAUGUGUCGUGGAACUUAACGUUUUUCAGCCAGUACGAUCUAAAAUAAAGACUUUGGCUGAUUCCCUU